CUGAAUUGAAUGUAUUUCUGAAGCUUCUGAAAACUGAUUCCAGUCAGGAGAACAUUUACUUUUGGAUAGCUUGCGAGGAUUACAGGAAAAGCAAAACUGCACAUGAAAUUUUUUCAAAAGUUACAACCGUUUAUGAAACAUGCAGACAAAAAGAUAUCCAAAAGAAGUACAGUAAAAACAUUCUUCAAGAUACAGUGUUUGAUGCACGUGCAUCCGAUGGUGUCUGGUUUUAUGAGGUUCUUUCUUUAGAUUCCGAUGCUUAUGAGAUGUCUAAUGAUUUAGAAAAGGUGAAUAGGAAGGAUAGGGAAUUGGUAAUGGGAGGGUACGGGGGGGCCUCUGUGAGAAGAGACCUGAGGCUGCCUGUGUGCCAGACAGAGCCAGUUCCAGCCGGCCCCAAAAUGGACUCACCGCAGGACACACCUGAGCCUAUCAGAGAUGAUGGUGGUGCCUCUGUGAUAACAUAUUUAAGAAAUGGUAAGAACACUGUGCAGCAGCUGUGA